GUGCUCGAAACAUUUGCCGGACGCUUGAUUAAAAUUGGAGUUUUAUCAAGGCGGGAUAUUCCCAGCCUUACAAAGUACCAGAUAAUUCUAGCAAGAGAUCAAUAUAGAAAAAACCCUUCUUCACAAAAUGUGGGAAUCCAUCAAGGCAUAAUUGAAGGAGAUUUUGCACUUUGUAUCAGUUUAUAUCAUGGUUAUGAGCUGCUGCUGCAGAUGGGAGUACGGUCAUUAUUUAUCUACCUUUAUGGGAUUAUGGAUGGAUCAAAAGUGUUAACCCGUACGAAGAAUGAACUUGCUCGUAAUGAGGACUUCAUGAAGCUAUACCAGAAGCUUAGAGACAUGUUUUCAGACACAUCUCUGGCUUCAGUGAAUGGAAAUGUUUACAAGAGUAAAACAGUGUUUGAAAAUAAAAAGGAAUUCAUCUACAGCCAUCCAAAAUUAAGGAAAUUGGAGGAAAUUGUAAUAGAACACUUCAAAUCCUGGAAAAAGGGACAUUCUGGCACAUCUGUGGACGCUGUGGAUACCAGAGUGAUGAUCUUCUCGUCAUUUCGAGAUAGCGUGCAAGAAAUUGCAGAAAUGCUUUCCCGGCUCAGUCCGGUUGUUAGAGUAAUGACAUUUGUUGGGCACUCCACAGGAAAGAACACGAAAGGCUUCACACAAAAGGAACAACUUGAGGUGGUCAAACGCUUUCGUGAAGGUGGGUAUAACACUCUGGUCUCUACCUGCGUUGGGGAAGAAGGCUUGGACAUCGGAGAAGUUGAUCUCAUCAUCUGCUUUGAUGCUCAGAAAAGUCCCAUUCGCCUUGUGCAGAGGAUGGGCCGAACUGGGCGCAGGCGGCAAGGCAGGAUCGUCGUCAUCCUCGCCGAAGGGCGGGAGGAACGUACUUACAAUCAAAGCCAGUCUAACAAAAGGAGCAUCCACAAAGCUAUUUCAGGAAACAAAAUGCUUCAUUUUUACCAGCAUAGUCCACGUAUGAUUCCAGAAGGCAUCAAUCCAAAGUUGCAUAAAAUGUUUAUUACUGCUGAAAAAUAUGAACCAAGCAAUUCAAGAACGCUUUCCAAAGAGAGAAGGUCUGGUUCCCUCCAGCAUAGAUCUGCUCUCUUUUCCUGUGUCACUGAUAGGAAGAAAGAGAAUUGGUCUCUGUCACCUGAAGAAUUUGAAAUAUGGGACAGACUUUACAGGAUUAAGGAAAGUGAUGGAGUAAAGGAACCGGUAUUGCCUCAAAUUCACUUUGAAACCUUAGAAAACCUGGAAGACACAUCAAAGCAUGAAGAGGAGGCAACUCACAAACUUUCCUUGUCUGAAUGGAGGAUUUGGCAGAACCGUCCUUUUCCUACAUUUAUGGUCGAACACUCAGAUCGUUGUUACAAUUUUAUCAGUGUUAUGGAAAUGAUAGAACUGCUGAGACAUGAACAGGGAGAUUGCAGCUAUGAACUGGAGAUUCAGCCACACUUACGUAUUGAAGACGUUAAUGUUCAAAGGAAUAAAAGUCAUCUUUCCAUGACCAACUCCGCAUUUGAUCAGAAAGCACACUCGUCUAGAAAAGAUGUGGCACACAGGAAAAAUGUCAUUAUUGAGGAAGAGAAGAGUAUACACUUAUUUGAAGAUGAACACAUUUAUGAUACAAAUAAUGGAAGUUUUUCUAUGAAAAACAAGUGUUUAGUCAGGUCAGAUCCAGGCGAGAGUGGUCUUGGGGCAGUUGCAGAGCGAGGCUCCGAGUGGUUUCAUUCAGAGGUGUGCGGUGUGAACGCUGAGAAAACCUGCAAGGAGCAGGCAGUGAGCAGGAAAACCCCAGCCAUGGAAAUGCCGGGUGGUGCUGGCGUGACCGAGCUGUUUCUGGAUGAUGAGGGUCUUUAUGACUCUUCUCAAGAACUGUUUUCUGUUAACUUUGAUUUGGGGUUUUCCAUUGAAGAGUAUGAGAAUGAAAUCUGUGAAGAAGAUACAAAUACUAAUAACACCAAAAAGUUAAAUGGUGCCUGGGGGCGUCAUGCAGAUGUUAAAUCCACUGAAGAUAAAAAAAAAUUACUGGAUGAUAGCUCCAGACUUGAGACAACACCAAAACGGGGCUGGAAAAGUUUUGGGAGAAGAGACGUUUCCACACCAGUGCCAUUGCGGAGUAGGAGCAUGAAUGAUGGAGAAGGGACUGAGGACGGUACCGCUGCAGCACUGUGCUUGAAGGCAGGAGGCAAGAGAACGGGGAGUGGAUCACCUGAAGCUUUGGCUUCUUCACUCUCUACCCCACCAAGUAGGAAGGCUAUGAAUAGUAAGCCUAUCAAAAGAAUUCCUAUUAAUGCCUUUUCUAGUACCAGGGAGGAAGUUCCAGAGGUGCGUCUUACAGAUAAAGAAAAUAAAAAUAAAAGCCCACAUGGACAGAGCUGUGGGGGUUCAGCCAUGGAUGCACUCGAUUCCCCUGUAGGAAGAACUGGAAACCUGGGAGACUCCAGCCUUCGUCGUUCGUGUGUGUCCCCUGCUCAAGGAAUCAGCAGCGAGAGUGAAGAAGAGAUUGUUUUCCAGAGAAAAAAUAGGAAAAAAAAGAAUGUUUUGAAGUCUCCUGAUGUUACGAAUGACAGUGAUUUUGAAUCGCCGAUUCGUGCCAUCAGGAAACGUCGACAGCCAUUUAACAUGUCAGAUACGUCCAGUGACGACAGCAUGGAUUUUCACAAGCACUCCAGUAGGACCUCAGCAGCCUGUGACAAAAACCAGCCGAGGAGUACCAAACGGCAGAAGGUCAAGAACAAUUUGACAUACAAGACUGCAGCAAGACAGUUUUUAGAUGAAGAAGCUGAGCUGUCCCAGCAGGAUGCAGAUGGCGUUUCAUCUGAUGAGAGUGACGAUGCAGAGAACGAGCUCAGCUCUUCGCUUGCUCAGUUCCUGAACGAUGACGCAGAGGUCACACAAGUGUUGAACGACUGUGAGAUGAAAGGAGUUUACCUGAAAUCUGUGCGCAGUCCAGCUCUUGGCAACAGAUACAAAAUGGUUCAUCGUGAAUUCAACAACAUGGCCAUUUUCUCACAGAUUCCCGAGCAAGACCAGACUUAUGCAGAAGACAGCUUCUGUGUUGGAGAGGAGGAGGAGGAAACUUGCAAAAUAAGUGAAUCUAGUGAGGAGGAAGUGUGUGUUAAUUUUGAUCUCCUGAAUAAUGAGAGCUUUACUAGUGGAAGAAAACAAUACCUCACGCGCCGCAGAAAAAAGUUAAACCAGGUUGGGAUGGAAGAGAACUGCUCUGUCCCCGUGCAAAAGAAGAAACCAUCCCGCAUUAUUGUCCUCAGUGAUUCCAGCGGGGAAGAAACAGGUGUUGGCAACGAGAAGCCCAUGCAAACAGAGUGUUUCUGGGCAGAACAGGAAAAUGCUAAGUUACCCAAGUCAUUGCCUUCAGUCUCUUCUGUGCAGCACAAAAAAACUGCUGGGGAAAUCGGUGUUCAUCAGUCUGCGGAGAGCAAGAGUGAGAUGCUUCUCGGCUUGAAAGCUUCAGUAUCUGAAAUGCUGGAUUUUCACCCAGAGCCUCAAGCCAGGAGCACGCACAUUCCACUGGCUUCAAGGAGGGAGGAUCUCCAAGUUCCCACUGAGGUGGAAAGUUCUUUGAAGAACACCUGUCGGAGCACUUCAGUUCCACAUUGUUCUGCUUCCACAAACCCCUCUUCAGCCACGGCUCUGUUUUCAUGUGGCCCUCUGGAGAAGAAACCUCCCCUCUGCAUCCUGGUAGACAGCCGGGAGAUCUCCUCCGGAGCAGAGGUGAUUUCUUCCCUGAAGGCGGUUCACGGGGUGAAGGUGCAGGUUUGCUCACUGAGCAGCAGCGAUUACAUCGUGAGCAACCGCAUGGCCGUGGAAAGGAAAUUUCUGUCCGAAUUACUGAACUCUGUGAACAGGAGUAAAGUCACCCGGCGGAUCCAGCGCCUGCAGAGCAUGUUUGAGAGGAUCUGUGUGAUUGUGGAAAAGGACAGGGUUAAGGCAGGAGAAACAUCACGAUUCUUCCAGAGGACACAGUACUAUGACGGUGUGCUCUCAGCCUUGGUCCAGGCUGGGGUCCGAAUUCUCUUUAGCUCCUGCCAAGAGGAAACUGCCGGUUUGCUGAAAGACCUGGCUCUGGUGGAGCAAAGGAAAAACGCGGCCAUUUGUGUGCCGACAGAGGUGGAGGGGCACAAACGGGAAAUGCUCAACUUCUUCUUGACUAUUCCCAAUCUCAGCUACCUGGCUGCUCUCAAUAUGUGCCAUUACUUUGGUUCCGUGAAGAAGAUGGCCAACAGCUCCGCAUUGGACAUCGCCACCGGCGCCCAGGUCAGCCGGCAGAAGGCGGAGGAGAUCUUCCGCUACCUCCACUAUGGCUUUGACACGCAGAUGCUGCCCGAGAACCUCUGCGCUAAGGGGAGAAGCAAUGCCAUGAGCUGA